UGGGAAAAUGGAGUUGCUGAAAGUAUCAGCACGCUUGGGAAUUUUUGUACUUUGGUGGCCAGAAACCCGUGAGGUCAUGGACUCCAGAUGCAGUAACUAAAAUCCGAUACAGAAGGGGAUUAAUUUUGGAACGUGGGGUCUUCAGUAUUCAUCAGGAAAACAGUCGCCUGAAUUUAGGAAAGAGGGAGAGGCUCUACCUUCUGAGACCUGCAUACCAGUUCAAGGCUGCUACUUCGAAGAUUGUUUCUUGCUUCCCUUUAUCUAGUUGGUGCCCUCCGAGAACAGCAAUGUGAGUGGCACACAGUCUGUUUCAAAUCAUGAAGUCCAUCGGAGUCUUUUCACCUGCAGUGAAUGUGAAUUCUGCUGCUGUUCUUUCCUCCAUCCCUCUGCAGAUGAUUUACAAUUUCAAUAUAUUUUAUUAUGUUUUUUAUUUCCUUGCCACUUUCCUAAUGGUUAUCUACAAAAGUCAGGUUUUUAGUUUCCCAGAUGGUAAUCUGGCCCUUGAUUUGAUUCUUCUGAUUCUUAUGGUAAUUCUGGAAGUGAUAAGGCUAUACCAUGGUUUCAAAGGGAAUCUGACUGAAGAAGUAGUUCCAAUUGUAAUUAAUCUGGUUCUGACGAUUGGAAGUAUGUUGCUUUCCUUGUACUACUUGUUGUGGCAGACCUAUGUGCUGAAAGCAGAUGUAAUAAUCAAUGCAAUCCUUCUGGCAAUUUAUGGAUUGGAGGAAGUACUGGACGUAAUUGCUGUUUCAACUUUUGCAAGGUAAUUUGAUUGAUUUGCCUUGUAUCUAAUUUAAGUACAAACAUCAGUGAUACAGAUAUAUCACUCUAUAUAUCUGUGAUAAAUACAGAUUAUCACAAUGAUAAUUAUCAAUAUUGAUAAUUAUAACUUGUUCAUCUUUGCUCCAAGGAUACAUUAUUUGGAAGUUUUAAAAAUCUAUUGAAACCUCUAACUAUUGGCUAAUUUAGGAAUAAUUGAACCAUUCCUACGAGUUCAUUUCUUCUCAGUAAAGUUUAUAUCAUUGGUGGCAUGUGAUUUAUGAUUGGCAUGAGUUAGAUUUCCUACCACUGAUCAUAAUCCAAUGAUUCCAGUUGGAACUCUCAUGUAGUUAAAUAACUUGCAAUAUUUUUAAAAUACAGUACAAUUUUUUAUGUGUUUUGUCCUGUAAUUAGGAUAUGUAAAGCCUUAUUUUGAGCAUCUGACAAGAGCAUCUUAUGUGAAAAUCUUAAUGCUGCUAUGAAAUAUAGAAACAAAGAAAAGUACAGUGCAGGAACAGGUCCUUUGGCCCACUACAUGGUGCCAAAUCAAACUAAUCCCAUCUGACUGCACAUGGUCUGUAUCCCUCUAUUCCCUGCCUGUUUACGUGUCUCUCUAGGUGCCCCAUAAACAUUGCUAUCCUAUCUGCUUCUACUACCAUCCCUGGCAGUACAUUCUUGGCACCUAGCAUUCUCUGUGUAAAUAAAAAACUUUCCUCACAAAUCUCCUUUAAAUUUUCCCCCUCUCUCCUUAAAUCUUUGCCUUCUAGUGUUUGAUAUUUCCACCCUGGGGAAAAAGACUCUGACCACCUACCCUACCUAUGCCUCUCAUAAUUUUAUAUACUUCUAUCAGGUCACUUCUCGGCCUCUGAGGCUCCUGAGAAAACGAUCCAAGUUCGUCCAACCUCUCCUUAUAGCUAAUACACUCCAAUCCAGACAAUCCAUCCUGGUGAACGUCUUCUGAAAUCUUUUCCAAAGCCUCCACAUCCUUCCUAUAGUGUGGCAACCAGUACUGCACACAAUACUCUAAAUGUGGCCUAACUGAAGUAUAAUACAGCUCCAACAUGACUUUCCAAAUUUAAUGCCCUGACUGAUGAAGGCAAGCAUGCUAUAUAUCUUUACCACCCUAUCCAAUUGUGUUGCCACUUUCAGGUAGCUAUGGACUUGCACCCCAAGAUUCCUCUGUACAUCAAUGCUCUUAAGGGUCCGGCCAUUUAAUGUAUACUUUCCUCUUGCAUUUGACCUCCUAAAAUGUACCACCUCACAUUUGUCCGGAUUGAACUCCAUCUACCAUUUCUCCGCCCAACGUUCCAGUGUAUCUCUAUCCUGUUCUAUCCUUUGACAAUCACUAUCCAUCAAUUUUUGUAUCAUCUGCCAACGUACUAAUCGUACCACCUACAUUUUCAUCCAAAUCCUUAAUACAAACAACAGCGGCCCGGCACUGAUCCUUAAAGAACAUCACUGCUCACAGACCCCCCAGUCAGAGAAAAACACCCCUCUACCACUACUCUCUUGUCUUCUAUGACCAAAGCAAUUUUGGAUCCAAUUUACCAACUUGCCAUGCAUCCCAUGUGACUUAAUCUUCUGGACCAGUAUACCAUGAGGAACCUUGUCAGAUGCUUUACUGAAGUCCACGUAGACAACAUCCAUUGCACAACACCCUCAAUCAUCUUUGUCACUGCUUCAAAAAGACUCUAUCAAAUUUGUAAGACAGGACCUCCUCUGCACAAAGCCUAUCGAUAAUAAGUCCGUGCUUUUCAAAAUGUGAGUAGAUCUUUUCCCAAAAAAUAUUCUCUAAUAAUUUCCCUACCACUGAUCUAAGGCUCACCGGUCUAUAAUUUCCUGGUCUGUCUCUGUUUCCCUUCUUAAAUAAAGGAACAACAUUGGCUAUUCUCCAGUCUUCUAGCACCUUGCCCAUGGCUAAAAAGGAUACAAAGAUCUCCGCCAAGGCCCCAGCAAUCUCCUCCCUUGAUUCCCUUAGUGUCCUCGAUAACCCAUCAAGCAUUCCUGUCAGCUUUGAGAUGAAACGUCUGCCAGAAGUAUGCAACAGGCCCAGAAUCAUGCAUCCUCUACUAUACUUUUGGUUUCUCACAACAGCCAUUGUUGGCAUCUUGAAAAGUGAAACGUACUAAUUUUUACUGAAUUAAGCAGAACUGUGGUGGGGACCUGUCUCCAAGGAAUUGAAUUAUGACCACAUGAACUUAUUUCACAUUGAACCGAUUGCCAAUAGAAAGUCAUUCUUUGGCAACUCAUCCCAGAGAGUAACUUGUGCUCAGUGAACCAAUAAUCACAGUCUUGGGCAAGGUAAUGGAGUUAUCUAGCAGAGAGAGCAAAUUGGUUUUAAAAAAAACUAUUAACUAUUAAAAAGUAGGUGAUUCAAAUUUAGGCACUGAUCCUAGUACACACUCACUGCCAUUAGGUUGAUCCGUAGAGCAACUGCCCGCAGUGCGGAAGUUGGGAACAUGCCAGAGGUCUGAUGCAUGGAUAUCUGACCUUGUGUCCUGCUCCUGGCCUCGUUCCCAUGCACAGUCUGUAAAAUGAUGAGCUGAGGGUCUGGAUACACUUCUUAUCUGGCCCUUUAGCUUUACACCAGCUAUAGCUGGUGUAUCUACUGUUACCCUAUUCAUUUAAAUUCUGACCUUUAGAAGGAAAUGGAAAUUUCUGAGAAGGAUAUGUUGAGGAUCUCAAAGAUGCUUCAGCUUAUGUUUUGUCAUAAUAAAAACAUUUUUUUACACAUGAAUUACAUUCUGGCAAAACUAUAUUUUGUCACUUGAAUGAGGUCAGAAACCUUAAUUUACAAGAAAUUUAAUAAGAUUUCUCUAUUUAUUUUAAUGUAUCUUGUUUUUAAUCACAGCAUUUUCAUAUGGUUGUAAAUGUUAUAAGAUUUAAAUUUUUUUGGUAAUUUUUCAAAUAUUUCUGAUUUAACAUUUGCUGCAGAAACAGCAUGUAGCAACUGUGAGGCAUGGGCUGGGAUCAGCUUGAUCUAGCUCAUUGUCCUUUUACUGUUGGAAUCUAGAUUUGAAUUAAAUGUGUUUAUUAUUGUGCCUCAAGAAUGCUGCCAAGCACGAAGAGCAGAAAAUGUUUAAAAAUCUAAAUAAAUGAUUGCACACAUUGACUUUAGGCUAGAAGGAAUUGUUAUUCCGUGCCUGUAACUAGAUUCACUUUUAAAUUGGUAGUGCUUUGAAAAGUUAGCAUGUUAUAGCAUUUAUCUUUAUUUUGUCCAGGAUCUACACAUGAUAUGACUGGAAUGAUGCAGCAUUCAUUUGGUUUAUCUACCAUUCCCAUCUCCUGGACGACUUUGCAGUUUGUGUCAAAGGGGAUCAAAAUUUUUUAUUAAAUAUUUUUUGUGGGGAUAUUAUGUAAAUAUUGGGUAAUUUUCCUGUUUUGUAUUUUUAUAUUUUCUAAUUAAUCUGAUGGCUGCCUCCAUGAGGAUCCACAAACUUCUCAGGCUACUGCUUUGCUUCUUUUCAUUCAACAUUAGGAAGUGCCACGGUCUAUCCUGUAUUAACUCUCAAAACUGUAUUCCUCUGCUGAGAGAUAAUGUCCUUCAUUCAGUGUUGUUCAGAUUGGAAGCCAAGUGGAAAGGAAGAUGAACCUACAUCCUAAAGCUUUGUCCUUUACACUGAAUGACAAAUUGUGUUGUCAAUGAUUGAGAACAAAAUUUUUAAUGUUAUUCUUUUGAAGGAAAUGGAACUUCUGAAGGGGUUAUAUUGUGUGCCUCUGAUGUUUCCAAUCACAAUUAGAAUCUAAUUUGUCAUAAUAAAAAUAUUUAUAUACAUGCAGAUUGCAUUCUGGCUGGUAGAUGUUAAGAUUAAUUUUUAUAGGUGUCAAUUAUUGAGACAUUGUGUGGGAUAUAGUAGCAAGACUUCUAUGUAUUAUUUGGCCACAAAGAGUAAUUUACAUUGAACUCUGUCACACAAGCACCAGCAAAGAUUGAAGUCUGGAUGCUGCAGCAAUGAUGUUCAUUUUGCUUUUGCAUGGAGCACAAAAGUUUGUGAGCAGUUUGCAAUCGGUCAGGAUUUUGAGAGCUGAUGGCAGGUCUGGUGUGCUGCAUCAGUAUCCAACAAAUAUUUAGUCAAAGUUAUGGCCAUCAAACUUCGAGGAUUCUUCUUGCAGCGUCUUUGAUCAUGUUCAUACCAGGUGCAAAAGGUACGCCUAUUUAUUGAACAACUGGAGUAAUGCAGAAAUUACCUUUACAGCAAGCUCCAGUUAAUGAGACAAUUUGCACAUCUUGAACUUGCAGAUGGAGGUACUGAAGCAAUUCACAUUGCCAGCUUAGCUGUCAUCAAGAAGCUUUCAAACUGUCUUACAACUUCAACCUGCACUUUUUUUGUCCUUGCUUGCCCUAGCCCAAAUGAAAGUAAUAGCAGUGGUGGACAAAUAGAAAACUUGUACAUUAUACUUUAACAGUAAAUGAACACUAGCAAUUCAGUUCUAUAUUAUUUCCUCAUGCCUGUAUUGGAACCUUAUGGGAAUGGAAGCAUUUGAAGUAUUAAGUAAUUUUCUCCUACUGAUACUGUUAUCCUAAACUUAAUAAAAGAUUGCCUUGCCAUUCCAGCUGAUUUCAGUCAAGUUGGCAAAAUGAGGCAAAUCUCAGCAGCCAAUGUCGUCUUUCAUGGUUAAGCAAUUUUCCUAUUUAUUUUCAGUUACGCAAUUCUAUUGAUAACAUUAGCCUUCAAGUACCCUGAACAGGUCUUUAUAAUCUUCUCAAUACUCUGCACUCCCUAAAUUCCAGUCAUGGUCAGGGCAAGAGAUCUGAUCAUGAUUUUCUUUUCCUCUCACCCUCAUUAAUUUUUCAUGUGGGGUGGAGAAGGAACUAGGUUGGAGGAUUUUCCAAUCAUAUUCUCCUGCUAGGCUUAGCUAACUUAGGAAAGCUGACCAUGUGUAAUUUAUUACACAUUACCCACAGGUUACACCUAACAAUUCAGCUAAUUAACAAUUUUCAAUAAAAUAGGUUAUACCAUCUUUCAGAAAAUAGCCUUAUUUUCAAGAGAUCAUUUUAAGUAUCUUUUAUACAUAAUCAUGAAUAGAUCCCAUUCAAUAAUAUUUAUGGAAGUCAAUUAGUUUUGACACUGAAAUAUCAAGGACUCAAACUUUGAUAGGGAGAAUUUCAGUUGCCUAGUUUUCUUGUAUGUAUAAA